AUGGUGCUCCGUAAACCUCCCCCGCCACGUUUGGAGAACCUGCACAAGUGGAAUGCUCAUACCGCCGCCUCAACGUCUCCCUCGACAUCCUCCCCUUCACAGCAUCGGGCCCGCCUGAAUCGAGCCCCCUCCGAGGAUUCUAUAUACUCUCCCGAUCUCAAUACCUCCCCGGCAUUUGACCUAAUGCCGCUCGAAGAAGCCCAGAGAUCCCCGGUCGGCUCUCCUACCAGCCAUCCGCCAGAUCCAUGGACUGAGAGUUUCGAAGACCGGGCCAAACAAGAGCAUCCAGCCACAUUGGCACGGUCUUCCUAUCCCACAGAGGCAGAUGGUGGUGGAAAAUUGAUUCCACCAGUUCUGCAGGCGGGCCUACAUGCGCCGGCAGAGAAUGGCUGGCACCAAACACCACAGCCCGCGUUACCAGCUCCCAACAGCUCAACUGGAGAGGUUCCCAUGCAGCUGCAAUCAAACAACCCAUUCCUGAAGCCACGACCAGUCAACAUGAGGCAGAGCUCUUCAGAAUCCAACGAUUGGAACGACCGACAUUCGCAUACAACGGCCAGUAGUGACCCUCUCAGUCAGACCGAAGGAUACAUUCCCAUGACUGCUCGCCUCUCUUUAUUGGACUCUUUGGAGCAACAAGAGUCUCCGUGGGCUGACCACGAACCGCCUCACGCCGAACCUCCACGUCCAAUUUCAGUGGAUCCGCCCCAUGACCCUUCCCCAUGGGGUUCGCAACAUUCGAUCAAGAUAUCGGCGCCUCAAGAGAUUUACCUUCAGGGUGGCCAAACCAACCCUUAUGCGCCCGCUCUUGUGGUACAGUCUGCGGACGGUGGUCCGGCGGACGAUUCUUACGGAUUACCCCCGCCACAUGCGGAGGGCAGACUUGGCUCGGAUGCCGGUAUCAAUACUCCCUCUAUGAUUUCCACUGCAACUUCCGCAACAUCACAUGAGUUGAUCGAUUUGGAAAUCCCGAGCGGUGCUUUGGGAGUGGAUACGGGAUCUCAUCAGGGUGCCUCGCCCCUGGAUACCGACGAGAUUGAUGAGAAGGGCGAAAAAUCACUGUUGGACUCUCGAGACCCAUCGACAGGCGAGGUCCCUCAACUGCCCCCAAGGCAUGUGUCGCACGAGGGCAUCCCACCGCUACCGAGCAGGAAUCUUUCUCCCACGGAAGCAGCCCGGCAAAAGGAACAACGAGCGGAAACUUACUCGAUUCGCCAAAUCAAUUGGACCAACCGAGAGGGAACCUUGCUACAGUCGCCAAUCUUGGUACAGAAUAAAAACGGGCCAUGCCCUCUGCUUGCUCUAAUCAACGCACUCGUCUUGCGCGCUGAUCCAAAUGUCGAACCGCCCAUCGUGAGGGCAUUGAAGACUCGCGAGCAAAUUUCGCUGGGGUUGUUGAUAGAGGCUCUCUUCGAGGAACUGACUACCUGUCUGGGCCCGGACGAGGAAUUUCCAGACAUCGAGGCACUCACUCAAUUUCUUACAAUGCUGCACACCGGCAUGAAUGUUAAUCCACGUCUAACAUUGGAAACCGUGGAAUCACCUGGUACCUUUCUUCAGACCCCAGACCUCCGCUCGUACAGCACAUUCGGUAUACCUCUGAUCCACGGUUGGCUUGCUUCGUGGUCAAGUCCUGAACAUACCGGAAUGACACGAAUAGCCCAGUUCCAUGAGGAUAUUCAACUGCUGCCUUUCCGGAAGCAAGAGCUUGAGGAUCGAAUCAUGCGAGGGGAAUCUCUGACCAUAGACGAGGAGCAAAAUAUGGCAGACAUCCAGGCUAUUGAAAAUUUUGUGGACAUUGAGAACGCAACACAAUUGAGCCCUUUUGGUUUGACGCAGCUGACAACCCAUCUGGCCCCAGGAUCUGUCUCUAUCCUCUUCCGUAACGAUCACUUCUCUACACUUUACAAACAUCCACAAUCUCACCAGCUUUUCACCCUGGUUACUGAUGCUGGCUACGCAAACCAUGCGGAAGUUGUGUGGGAAUCCUUGGUCGAUGUGACUGGAUUCAACACUGAAUUCCUCGCUGGCGACUUCCGUGCUGUUGGCCACGGUCCAUCCAGCGCAACCGGUCCAACGAGUCCCGCUGGUCCGCGUACCUCGAGCACCGCUGCAAAUGGUACACCGCCUGGCCAUGAGGCUGCUCAAAGCCCAUUGUCACCUCAAGAACAGAGCGAUGCAGAUUACGCAUACGCCCUCUCGCUUCAGUUCCAAGAGGAAGAACAACGUGAACGUACUGAAAGCGGGCAGAAUCCUAACGGUGGUUCUGGAGCUGGCCCUGGCCCUGGUAACCGCAACUCGGUCCCCGUUCGCUUGACUGGGCCUGCUGCUCACAUGGACAACCCGCCUGCUCGGAGCUCAAGUACCGGCCUAAGAACGCGGCCGCCGCCUGGCAACGCUGGCUCUGAUGAUCCCAAUGCACCUCCCCCUCCCUACGAACAAGCUGCCGGCGGCCCGCGAUACUCGCCCCCUACUGGAAGGCCGACGUUUGAUGAUAUUCAGAUCGAUCCAUACACGGCGAACAACCAAAACUCGCGGAAUCGAUACUCGCAGCCGCCAGUGAACACGAAUCGGUACAGCAGCGACCGGAACAGAAACAAAGACUGUAUCAUGAUGUGA